GUUAAAAGCCUUAUCUAUGCUUCUUUGACAUCACCAAAACCAUAAGAAUGAAGCAACUGCAAUGCAAGGGAAUAAUAAACAAAUAAGGAAACAACCUAAUACUGAAAAAAAAAAAGGCAUAUAAAGCUAAAAUCUAUAUACAUAUCCUUUUCCCAUUUUAAUAUGUCCAUUCAGAUUUUGAUUGGCCCAUUUAAGCCUCGGUCAUGGAAAUUAUGGAAAAUUUCAGUGUAUUUCUUUCUUUGCCACUUGUGGAGUCAACAAGUCUCUAAAGGCAGGCAAUAGGGGGGUGUCUCUAAGAAAUAGAAAUAUAGAUAGCAGAGAGGCAUUGAUAUAUAUAAGCAAUAGCAAUGCGCCACCAUCCACUAACCGCCUUUCUUUGCAUGCGUGUUGACGAUUUUAUCUUUUUCCCUUUCUUUACACUAAAAAUUUAUAAAUUUCAUUCCCUCUUCUUUUGGCUUCAAUCUACCAUGCCUUUCUCAACACGAACAUAGUUUUUUUUUUUUUUCUUUUCUUUUGUUUUCUUUUUCCUCUCCUCCUCACAAAACAAGCCCAUCAUUUCUUAAGCCUUACCUUAAUUGAUGUAAACUUCUUCACACAUACUACUCUUUACUUAGGAUACAAACCAUCUCUCUCUCUCUCUCUCUCUCUCUCUCUGUCGCUCGCUCUCUUUCUCAGAAACUCUCUUCCAAAACCAACUAUUAAUUACCCUAUAAAUACCUUCCUUCUUGGUGAUCUGAUUCUCAUACACCACCUUGCUACUGUUUGUCAUCUUUGAAAAGAGACAUGGGAAAUUGUGUAGCUCUUUGCAAACCCACUACAUGUUCUUGCAUCCCAGAUGCCUCAAUUACCAAGGAAGGAAAAGUUUUGAAGAUUGUGAAGACGGAUGGAAAAAUUCUAACAUUCAGAGAUCCAGUUCUUGUGAAGGAUAUCCUGGUGAAGUUAACCGGGUCAGGGAUAGGUUUAUCCAAGGAAGCAACAGAGAAUCUCCCUCCUGAUUAUAGAUUAAACUUAGGGAAGGUUUACUAUUUGCUUCCUAAUUCUCCGGAUUCUGAAGCUAGGAGUUUCAGUAAUCCUGCUGGUAAUAGUAGUUCUAUUUCAUCAAUCGCUGGGAAGGAUAACAAAGAAGGUGGUAUAAGAAGGAUCAAAAUCAUAAUCCCAAAGCAACAGCUUCAAGAGCUCUUGGCAAAGCAAAUAUCAGUGGAGGAGAUACUUUCUGGACUCAACCACAAGAAAUCUUCCAAUCCUGCUGUUCUUGAUAAUACGUCUCCAUCAAGUUGGAAGCCAAAGUUGGAAUCCAUCCCUGAAGGAAGUGAGUUAGUUAACGUUUGUUCAUAACCAUUAGGAAACUUUUUUAUUUUAUUAUUAUUAUUUUUUUAUGGGGUUUGGUAAACUGUAUAACCCUUCAUUGUAGUUAAAAUACAAGACAUAGAUUCACCAUGGUUUUGUUGAUGUAAUUUUCCACAGCAGAUAAUUUAACAUAGUUUAUGGAAUUCAAA